AAGUGCAGCAAACUGACAGGAGUCUUAUGAAAAAAGCUGGAGAGGAGAGGAGGUCCAUCAUGCAAGUUCUGACCAAGUAUAGAGCAAAAGCUCAGUGGAACACAUGCUGGUGCCUGGCUAAGUUACUCCUUAUGAUGGCCUGCUCAGGACCAGUUUCAUCUUUAAACCCCCCUCCAGUGACAACAGGCCUGCGCUCUGCCUUCUCUGCAACACGAACCAGCAGCGUCAUGGGAGGCAAGCAGAAGGCGGUGACCUUCAACAGGCUGAUGGUCAACGCAGGGGGGGAUUUCAACCCUGACACUGGCCACUUCCGCUGCCGCAUUCCAGGGGCUUACUAUUUCUCCUUCUCUGUGGGGAAAUUUCCCAAAAAAAUGCUUUCUGUCAUACUGGUUAAAAACGGGGAGGAGGUGCAGGCUAUUGCAUAUGAUGACUACCGCAAGAAAGGGAGGAAAGUGCAAAGCCAAAGUGUGAUGAUUAAUUUGAAGGAAAUGGACACAGUGUGGCUGCUCCUACAGCAGAGUCCACAGUAUGCUUUGUACAGCAAUGCAGGUCCUUACAUCUCCUUCUCUGGUUACCUGGUCUCUCCUGACAUUUCCACAACCAGCUACAUCAGCAACCACCUCUCAGCAUCCGGGCUGUCCUACCAGAGCUGCCCCCCCCAACCCGACCCCUUGGCCAGAGCCCCACGUUCGGCCUUCUCUGUGGCACGAACAUCCACGUUACUGGGUCAGAGCAGCCGCCAGCAGGACAAGCCACCUCUGACCUUUGAUGUGGAAUAUGUCAACAUCGGGGGCCAUUUCAACAAAACCUCAGGCAUGUUCACCUGCCACUUCCCAGGGGCGUACUACUUUGCCUUCACUGUAGGGAAACACCCUCGUAAAGCAGUUUCUGUGAAGCUGAUGACCGGAAAGGGUGACGUGCAGGCCAUGGUGUUUGAUGAGGACACAUCCAAGAGGAGGGAGAUGCAGAGUCAGAGCUUGCUGCUGUCUCUUCGCCAGGGCGACACUGUGUGGCUGUACAGUCAGCAGGAUGAGCGUUACGCUGUGUACAGCAACCAGGGCAGGUACACCACCUUCUCUGGCUUCCUGGUGUAUCCUGAAGCAGAACAACUCACACCUUCUACCAUCCAGGACAGAACUCACCUCUAAACAACUUCAACAGUUUAUGAUGUUAUGUUUAAAUAAUAGUGCAAAAGUCCAUAAAAGUGUUAGAACAACUGUGGGUUAUUUCUGUGUUCAUAAACAAGAAACAGUCUGUGAUCAGUGUAGGGUUAGGUUUUCUAUUUUUUUUUUUUUUUUUUUGGUUUGUUUUCUCUUCAAAUGGCAUUCCAGGGACAACUACUGCUGCCACGCUGCUCCAUAAGAUGGCGCUAUAGUACAAUAAUGCAAUAAGGUUAGGUUUACUCCUGAAGACACUGCUAAAAGGAAAGAUGUUUACGUUUAUAUUAUGCGUUUUAGAUAAAACUCAAAGAUACGUAUACGUAAAAAAUCUUUGUAUAACAAUUUUUUUUUAAGUCUUUUUGUAUGUAAAUGAUGUAUAGUUGUUGCUGUAAAAUGCUGGGCAAGAUUUUAGAUUGUAAUCAGAAAUAGAUUUUAGAUAUAUCACAAAGGGAUGUACAAGUUAGGAAACUCUAGGCUGAUAUUGAUGUUUAAAAUAAGAAUGUGGUCAAUAGGUGAUGCUGGCUUUUUUUAUUUACCCCCCUAUGUGCCAGGGGGAACAUAGAAAUCCUCAUCGUAAAGAAAAAAUUACUAAGGUGUUUUCAGGCCUUUGUUGAAAAAGUAAAUCAGACAAAUUUAUGUAAUAACCUAUAGUCAAACAGUAUACAUAAACAUCAGCCACAUCAGUAGGUGAUUGUCAUAUUCUUUGCAGUAUACAGCAGUGGUAAAGAAGCCCAGUGUAUCAGUGCAUCCCUAACAUCAUGAUAUUAAGACCUUUGUUUGUCAUAAUGGAAAUUUUAUAUUGUGGAUAUAUCUGUUGUGUUGUUUUGUACGCAUUGCAGACCUAAUAAAAAAAAAAAAAACCCUAAUAAAUAAAUAAAUAUUCUCUUUGCCUUAACA